GUGUUGUAGGAAAGGCAACGGCCCGUCACCGCUGGCUGCAAAAUGUGAGAGCAUCAUUGUCCCUCUUCCCCUCCCUCUCAGGGUUUUCUUAGGGGCGGCACCCUGGGUGCCACGGCGGGGCGGCCGUGCAGCGGGCUCAGCUGUGCACACGCCAACAGUUACACAGGAAAUUUCACAACGGGCUUCCUUUCCACCUAAGCCUGAGUGGAAGCUGUGGUCGCCUGCGCGGAGGUGGAGUUUGCAGAAUUUGCAUCGGGUGACGGUCGCUCCAGCCGGUCGGCGGGCCACGCAGACAAACGGGCACCGUUGCCACUUGCUGGAGAGAUGCUAUCGCAGGCCCAGGCGUCUGCACACAGCGGCCACGUCCACAAGCGAUUUGCGUGGCCAGGGCUGGCACGCUGCUGUCUGGCCCCGUGAGUGCCUGGCUCCGAGGCACCUGGAGACCCUCUACGCUGUCACCUGUGUCUUCUGCUCCUCCUGCUGCUUCUGAACAGACCCCGGUGGGGCCGGCAGAGCCGCCCCAGGAUGCAGCCCCCCGCGAACGGCAGCGCGGGCCCCGACAACGCCACGCUGGAGAUGCUGCGCGACCCGGCCAUCGCGGUGGCCCUGCCCGUCGUGUACUCGCUGGUGGCGCUGGUCAGCAUCCCGGGGAACCUGUUCUCGCUGUGGGUGCUGUGCCGGCGCAUCGGGCCGCGCUCCCCGUCCGUCAUCUUCAUGAUCAACCUGAGCGUCACCGACCUGAUGCUGGCGGCCGUGCUCCCGUUCCAGAUCUACUACCACUGCAACCGCCACCACUGGGUGUUCGGGGUGCUGCUGUGCAACGUGGUCACGGUGGCCUUCUACGCCAACAUGUACUCCAGCAUCCUCACCAUGACCUUCAUCAGCGUGGAGCGCUUCCUGGGCGUCCUGUACCCGCUCAGCUCCAAGCGCUGGAGGCGCCGCCGUUACGCGGUGGCCGCGUGCGCCGGGACCUGGCUGCUGCUGCUGGCCGCGCUCUCUCCCCUGGCGCGCACGGACCUCACGUACCCGGUGCACGCGCUGGGCAUCGUGACCUGCUUUGACGUCCUCAAGUGGUCCAUGCUCCCCAACCUGGCCAUGUGGGCCGUGUUCCUCUUCACCAUCUUCAUCGUCCUGUUCCUCAUCCCCUUCCUGGUCACCGUGGCCUGCUACACGGCCACCAUCCUGAAGCUGCUGCGCACAGACGAGGCGCACGGCCUGGGGCAGCGGAGGCGCGCGGUGGGCCUGGCCGCGGUGGUCUUGCUUGCCUUCGUCACCUGCUUCGCGCCCAACAACUUCGUGCUCCUGGCGCACAUCGUGGGGCGGCUCUUCUACGAUAGGAGCUUCUACCACAUCUACAAGCUCACGCUGUGUCUCAGCUGCGUCAACAACUGCCUGGACCCCUUCGUGUACUACUUCGCUUCUCGGGAAUUCCAGCUGCGCCUCCGGGAGUACCUGCGAUGCGGAUGGGUGCCCGCGGACCCCCUGGACGCUCGCCCAGAGAGCCUCUUCUCCGCCAGGACCACGUCUGUGCGCUCCGAGGCCGGCACGCGCACAGAGGGGCCGGAGGGAGCCUCCAGGCCCAGCCUUAAGAGGCAGGAGAGCGAGUUCUGAGUCCUGGGGCGCAGCUUGGAGAGCCGGGGGCGCCGCUUGGAGAGCCGGGGGCGCCGCUUGGAGAGGCGGGGGAAACAGCUUGGAGGCCCGGGGGCGCAGCUUGAAGAGCCGGGGAAGGCAGCUUGGAGAGCU